AUGACUUUACCUUCGGCGGAGCAGACAUUCCCGACAGCCUUAUCACGGAUUGCGGGGUCUUGGUCGUCCCACCCUGAAUCCUUGGGUGUAUCGCACGUAUCUUCAAACGUUAUGGAUGAUUUGAUGCAGGAUGCACCUAAUAUCCCAUUUUUGAAUGAUCCGAUCGAGUCAAGCACAUGGUUUACUCCUUAUUUCGUACAUGGUCUUCAUGCUACUCAACUUGAACCGGGUCAAGACUCAUAUCAAGCAAUUACCCCUACUCAACCGCCUCUCAACCAGUUAUCGAGCUUUAAUAAGAAAGCGAAGUCUAGAUCCAAUGCCUGCACACCCACCACAGAUACCCACUUAUCAGGUGCUAUAGAUCGAGUUAAAGAAUCUGCUCGCAUAGGCAAAACCAAAAAGUUUUCAGGGGGCGCUAGUGCCUCUGUUAUCAGGAAAAGAGCCAGAGAACGGAAAGUUCAUCUGUUUCAAGCAUUUCCUCCGCUUGAGAAGGCAAAGGAAGCUUUACAACCUUAUUCUAAAUCGUCCAGAUACUUCAGACAAAACUCCGAGUUCUUGUUUCUCCAGUUGGAGAAGCUCAUAGAUGAGGCCAUUUGUUCAGAUAAUGCAUCAGAUUCUUCCUCAAUGUCAGAAUCAUCAAAUUUGGAAUUGGAUUCAGCAUAUGGAUCACUUUCUGACAUGCCACAACCGGACGUCUCGAGCUCUCUGUUUGAUGAGCGGAAUGUUCACCUUGGAAGGCAGGACACUGCACCAUCCGGUAUUCGGAACCCAGAACUUCAUCCGGACGAAGAAACACCUAGACCAGCUCAGCCUUCAUCGCCUACUUAUUCCUGUACAUACGGACGUGGAAGCGAGCGAUGUCCAUAUGUUACAAGCAGAAAGUCAGAUUGGAUUCGACACGAAGAAUCCGAGAAACAUUGGCUAUAG